AUGGACGACUUCGCGCUGGAGGACCACGCAAGUUCUCCGACGCACGAGUUCGCUUCGCCGGGCCGCUUGCCGGCGACUUCGGUCGUAGUUAGCAACGCCAACUGUGCCGGGUGUGGAGACGGAGACGACGUGCAGGGCAACGAAAUCCUCCUCUGCGACGGGCCAGGUUGCGGCGCUGCGUACCACCUGAAGUGCUUGCCGCGGCCGCUCGCCGUCAUCCCCCCAGGCGACUGGUUCUGUCCCGCGUGCCAGCCCAUGCCAGUCGUCGCCGCUGUUGUGGAGGCGUGGGAGGAUGACGGGGAUGUGGAGCUUGUUGAGGCCGUUGAGGCGGAGGAAGAUGAGCUGCGGAUGCCGGCGGACAGCGCUUUGGCGGCGACUCCGCCUUCGCGCCCGGCCGCCCCCUCCCCCCCGAGGACGGCCCACGCAGCAGCACGCGCCGCGGGAAGAUGCGAUCACCUGAUGGACGAGGCAGAAGCGCGGCGUAUGGCAGCAGAGGAGGGCCUCACUCUGGCAGAGCGGCUCGCGGCAGUCGAGGGCCUCACGCUCGUGCCCAGCACGGGGUCUCUGGAUGGCAGAAAGGCUGGAUCUGUCUCAAAAUGGGGGUUCAAAGGCGUGUCGUACAAGGCGAAGAUUGGCAUGUUCCAUGCCGCGCUGGGCACGGAGUCCAUUGGCUCGUUCCGCAGCGCGCCAGAGGCGGCGCUCGCAUAUGCACGCCGCCUAGGCCCAGAAGGCAGCGCUGAAUCCGCAAGGCGAGCGCUGGCCUGA